AGAGGGGGAUAAUAACUAGUAUCACAGAGCGUAGGUAGUGGAAGAAAGCUUGCCUAUAAAAGCUCAGAGUUCGAGGUUCUAGAUCACCAGUCGAUCAAUUCUCUCCAAUUCUUUCACUUCCGAACGUAUUUGAUCGAGCAGCUAUGGCACUCAAGUUCUUCCUCCUGGCUACGUGUUUCGUCGCGGCGGCGAAUGCCGGACUAACGUUGACGUCGACGUCGGACAACACCUACAGAAGUCUGGGAAAUUUGGCACAGGUAUCGACGCAGUCCAAGACGAUCGACACUCCGUAUUCGAGUUCGAGCAAAUCUGACAUCCGCGUGUCAAACCCUGCGGUCUACGCCAGUCCGGCUCCCCUCGCCCACUACGCUCCAGCCCCCCAAUUGUAUCAGCAGUACUCCUCGCCGCACCAAGUUCAGCAUUACGCUCAUGCCCCGGCUCCGGUUCAUCAAUACCAGAAUUCUCCCGUUUACACCUCCGCCCCUGGUCCGGUGAUCGCUAAGAGUGCGCCACUGGCUGGAGUCCAUUACGCUCACGCAGCCCCGGUCGCGGUUCAUCAACAAAUUUACGCACCGCAACCGGCUCACGUCGCGUACGCACAACCCCAAUAUCAUCACGCUCAACCCGCUCCCCUUCUACAAUACGCCCAACACCACCACGCCGUAGCUGCUGCCCCUGCUCACGUUUCUUACGCUGCAUCACCCGCUGCACCCGCUGGACACCAACAUCAAUCGCUCGUCGGUGUUGCGUACUCGCCGGCUAACACGGUCGCUCAUUUGACGUACAGCAACGUCAACGACCAUGUCAAUUACGCGUGGUAAUUAAAGAUAAGAAAGGAUUUGAAGAGAUUCUGAUCCUUGGACUGAUGAUCGGGAAUACAUUUGAGAAUUUUUAUGAAUUAGACCUCUGAAUUCCUGCGAUGUAAUAAAUAAAUGAUGAAAAAAUCAA